CUUUUUCAGGUUUGUGCGAAAUUUCAGCCUUUCGAAGCAAGCAUUUCAGUUAGUACUGGAAGAAAUUGCAUUACCAGACGCAAUUCGUAGUACUGCUGUGCAACCAGCCAUAAAAUUAGCUGCCACUUUGAACGUUUUGGCUAAGGGCAGCUACCAGCAUGGAGCUGGAAACCAGUUUAAUCUAGGCCUCGCUCAACCAACCGUCAGUCUCAUCAUUAAAGAGUUGAUACCUUUAAUGUAGGAGAAACUUUGCUGCCAGUGGAUAAAAAUGCCAGACAACGACGAAAAAUUACAAAUAAAAGAGCAUUUUUAUACAAAGUUUCGUCUCCCUGGCGUAAUAGGAUGUGUUGAUGGAACGCACAUAGCAAUAAGAACUCCAAGUGCUGAAGAACGCCCACAUUUCUACAACAGGAAGGGUUUUUAUAGUUUAAACACAAUGGUGGUAUGUGAUCACAAAAUGCGAAUUAGGAGCAUAGACCCGAGAUAUCCUGGAUCAUGUCAUGACUCACUCAUUUGGAGAUCAAGUGACAUAAGGUCAUAUUUACAAGCCCAAUAUAAUAACGGAGAGCACAAUACUUGGUUAUUAGGAGAUGCCGGUUACCCAUUAGAGCCGUUUUUGAUAACUCCAUAUAGAAGCGCAGGAGAAGGUACACACCAAAGUACAUUCAAUAAGUGCCAUUCAAGGGCUCGAAACGUUGUUGAGAGAACUAUUGGAGAAGUUGCACAGGAGACGACCAUAAAUGAAGAUAGUGAAGAAACAAGUAUAGACACGACGUCACUGCCACCUGAGGAUUUAACAGCUGCAAACAUUAGAAAUUCACUGAUGAACACUCUGAUUAAUUAA